AUAUGGGUUGGUUAUUCAACUAUAAAAGGCUGGUAUUGUAAGUGUUGUGACAAGAAAGUGUCCCGGCAAUACUUUUUGCCACACAGCCGCUCAUCAUCUCACAUGGAACACGAGAAAGUUUAUUUGGAAUAUUUAAAGAUCUAUCCAAAUGUUACUGAUUAUGGAUCAGGCACCAAGGUCGUUGGUGUACCAAGAUUUCUGGACUUCUUAUGGAAAAAAUGGGAAGACAAGUACGAGUGGUUUGAACAUUUAAGUGGACCCUUUGCAUACUGCUUUGCUUGCGAUCGUAUUAUCAACAUAAGGUAUGGGUUUUACCGUAUACGGCACGAGUUUAGUAAGAAACAUAAGAUGGCUGAGAUAAAGUACGCUAAGACUAGAAUGAGAAUUAACAGUUCCAUUGAAGAGUUUAAAUAUCCAUUGAUCGAUGAUGUUGAUGAUGUAAAAAUAAACCCUAUUGUUGACCAAACACCUUAUCAGUCAAUGAGUUAGCGUUUAAAAGUCAGUGCUUCGGAAGUUAAAACCCGAUAAAGUCAACUAAACAACUGCGAGUUUCAUCUAGUGGGUCUGGUUUGGCGUUUAGAAGAAAACUUU